AAGGGAUAUUUUUUUCUUUUCUCGGUCGGACCCACACCAGCCUCCCCUUGGCUCAGUCAGCCCCAUGAGCUCCUAGCUGAUGGGCGGAGUCUGCGCCCGGCCCUCGCGCCCUGUGCUGCCCUCUCCGCCCGCGUGAGGGCGCCCGCGCCCGCCGCCUCCGUGGGCUGCCUCGGAAACAGUGAAACCCAAGACCAGCGCAAGGAGAAGACCCAGCGUGAGGCCGAAGAAAAGAUCAAGCAGCAGCUGCAGAAGGACGAGCACGUUUACCGGGCCAGGCACCGCCUGCUGCUGCUGGGCGCUGGAGAAUCUGGUAAAAGCACCAUUGUGAAGCAAAUGAGGAUCCUGCGUGUUAAUGGGUUUGAUGGAGAGGGCAGCGAAGAAGACCCGCAGGCUGCAAGGAGCAACAGCGAUGGAAUAUUGUAUCCCUGGAUGAUGGCUACAUCUUCCCGCCUCUUUCCUGUCACAAUUUGCAUGCUGGAAUUGCCCCAUCUUAGGAACUUCUAAUAAGAAUACUAUUCUAUUGUCUGGGGGAGGGAGGAGGGAUGGGGCCCCUACUACCUGAUCUUUAAAGAUGAUUGAAAAAAGCAAAAAUGGAAUGACAUUAAAUUUGUUUAAUUCUGUCUUGUGACAAACCUACACUUCAAUUUAAAAAAAGGUUAUUAAAAAAAAAGACAAAGUAAGCAUCGUCGACUGCACUGUAGCAUUCCGUCACAAAGGUUCUCUCUGGGUAAGUGGGUCUCAGGAAGCUGAACGUAAGCUGUGUUUUCAUUGCCACAAAAAUUCACUUCCUAACCUCGGUUAGUUUUCAAGAGGACAAGAAAAAUGCUAAUUUUGGACUGCCAGUAUAGGCUAGUGGGUCCCAUGUGGCCCAUUAGUCCACAUUCCUCU